AUGCUUGAUGGCACACGAUCGGAUGGCUCUGUUGCUAGGGCGACGAUUCAACAGGAGGAGAAGAACGACCAAAACACCGACAACCGGUCUCGCCUCCUCCACGCUCUCGACAAGACUUCCACCGCUGCCACAGGAGACUUUGAGCUGAAGCUUGCACAAAGCCUCGACGUGGUGCGACGUGCCCUCGAUGACUUCGGCGGCGAAACGGGCAGGGGUCUUGCGAUAUCGUUCAACGGGGGCAAGGACGCGUGCGUGGUCCUGUAUCUGCUGCUCUUCGUUCUGGCCGAGAGGGACGAGCUUUGGCGGCUGACGAGCUCGGCGAGCAAGCAUAUUCCGGUGGUGUAUUUCGAGAAGGAAGAAUUCCCCGAAAUUGACGCCUUCAUGCAACAAGUGUCAGAGACGUACCAGUUCGAGUUUCAGAGGUACUCAAAGUCCUACAAGGACGGCAUGCAAGACCUCGUCGAAUCCCACGGCAUCAAGGCCGUCAUCAUGGGGCAACGCCGUGGAGACCCAUGGACCGAGGAUAUGGAAUGGUUUACCGCGAGCACCCCGGGAUGGGCCGAAUUUACUAGAGUGAACCCCGCCCUCGAGUGGAAGUUCUGCCACGUGUGGCGUCUCCUGCGGGGUUCCGGCCUGCCAUACUGCGUCCUCUACGACCAAGGAUACACCUCGCUGGGGGAGAGGGGCGACACCGCCAAAAACGAGGCUCUGCGCCUGCCCGACGGUAGCUACCGGCCGGCGUACGAGCUCGCGGAAGAGGAGGAAUACCUGGAACGCUCCCCGAGAACUCCGACCCCCGGCUCCCCCCGGUCUCCUUCUCGCGCUUCUCCUCCCGGUGAAAGAAACGAUGGGAGUGGCGGCGAUGAGGGAAACAAGCGUUUCUCCUCGUGGGAUGAACAGUGGGACUCGUCAGCCGGCACCCCUCAGGACGGACCCGCUGUUGCCGCCGAUGGCGGGGGGCAAGACAUCUUAGACGCCGAGACAGUUAGCAGCGAAGAGUCAGUGGGGGCCGGCAAGGCGCUGGGUAUUGGCGGCAGAACCGAUCCUAGCGGUACCGGGGCGUGCUUGCCACCCCCGGUCAAGGAGCGCGGUGAAGGGAGCUUAGCCGGCUGGGUCGGGAGCCUGCUGCCGGUCACGACCAUCGCCCUGGCUUUUGUGGCGGCGGCGGUCGGGGUGCGCUCGACGUCCGGGUCUUCCAGGGGAGGCGUACACGACAACAGUGCCCCGCAUAAGGGAGACUGA